UAUGUCAGUCCGGCAGAGUCCCUGUGAGAAAGCCACGCUGCGGGUCUGAGCCGACGCUACGAAAUUAAACCGUCGGACCAGCCUGGUUCGUCCGUUGCCUUGCGUGUGUACACCUCAGCAGCCUCGGAAGGACGCUGAAUCUUUAACUGAUGGAAUGUGCCAUUUCAUUGACGCGGUUUAGUAAAGUAACAUUAGCAGGUCAGUUCAGAUGUUAAAGGCUCCGCUGCGAAGUUUACGCACUGCAUUUGGCAAAAUUACUCGCGGUAAUGACGAUUUAUAUGAAUGAAUGACGACACCGCCGCCGCCGCUUAACAGGUUUUACAGGCAGGAAUAUUCUAGGAAUUAAAUGAAGUAGUGAAUGUACAAAAAAAAUAGAUAUAUUUAGGUGGAGAUCCAACCAAAUAUAGAGCCUUUGGAAACAUUUUCACUGUGGAUGUUAGUCGGAGCGCAUCAGUUAAAGCCCAAGAAGACCGCACUGGAGAGAAUAGGAUAACCGGGAGAUCCAGUGUAAAUGAAGAGAAACAUGUGAAGACCUGUGUGAAGCCUCGACCAAGUUAGCCUUCAACAGCAAACAGGCGAAGGCCUCCUCCCUUCUUCCCCUCAUCCAUUCUCUUCCUGCUUCCUCUGCUUUUUGUAGCCCCAGUAAAUAUGGAGGGCUGGCGGGCUACAAACAGGACUUUAUCUCGGAAGCCAAAAGUAGGAGCUAUAGCUACUCUACUAGGCUUCUGGCUCUUAGUGAGUCCAGCCUUGUGCAGUGGACAGACAUUUACUAGUUUCCACCCAGAACGUCGAGACUGGGUCUUCAACCACCUGACAGUUCACCAAACCACAGGGGCAUUGUAUAUUGGAGCAGUCAACCGUGUGUACAAGCUGUCAGGCAACCUGACCCUUCUUGUUUCCCAUGAUACAGGCCCAGAGGAUGACAACAAAGCCUGCUAUCCACCUCUGAUUGUCCAGCCCUGCUCUGAGCCCCUUGUCGCUACCAACAAUGUCAACAAGCUUCUCCUCAUUGAUUAUUCCCAAAAUCGGUUGCUCGCUUGUGGCAGCCUCUACCAGGGUGUCUGCAAGCUCCUCAGAUUGGACGACCUCUUUAUCUUAGUGGAGCCCUCCCAUAAAAAAGAGCACUACCUCUCCAGUGUCAACCAGACUGGGACAAUGUAUGGGGUCAUUGUUCCCUCACAGGGCCAGGAUGGCACCCUAUUUAUAGGCACAGCAGUAGAUGGAAAACAGGACUACUUUCCUACCAUCUCUAGUCGAAAGCUGCCUCGUGACCCAGAAUCUUCUGCGAUGCUCGACUAUGAAUUGCACACUGACUUUGUGUCCUCUCUGAUCAAGAUACCAUCAGAUACCCUGGCACUGGUUUCCCACUUUGACAUCUACUAUGUGUAUGGGUUUGCAAGUGGCAGCUUUGUUUACUUCCUGACAGUCCAGCCAGAGACACCAGACAACAGCAUGUCAUCCAGUGGAUCCACCAGUGAUCUGUUCUACACUUCUCGCAUUGUUCGCCUUUGCAAAGAUGACCGCAAGUUUCACUCAUAUGUUUCCCUCCCUAUUGGCUGUGUGAAGAAUGGUGUAGAGUACCGCCUUCUGCAGGCUGCCUACCUUGGCAAGCCAGGCCGUGUUCUCGCUGCUUCACUGAACAUCAGUGCACAAGAUGAUGUGCUCUUCGCCAUCUUCUCAAAGGGCCAGAAGCAGUUCCAUCGCCCACCGGAUGACUCAGCACUCUGCAUCUUCACCAUUCGAGACAUCAAUGCAAGAAUUAAGGAACGCCUGCAGUCCUGCUACCAGGGUACAGGACACCUAGAGCUCAACUGGCUGCUUGGGAAAGAUGUGCAGUGCACUAAAGCGCCGGUGCCCAUUGAUGACUCUUUCUGCGGUUUGGACAUUAAUCAGCCGCUUGGUGGAUCUCAGUUAGUGACCGGACACACACUUUACACCGAGACCAGGGAUCGCAUGACCUCUGUCACCUCCUAUGUCUACAAUGGCUACUGUGUAGCCUUUGUGGGUACCAAGAGUGGACGUCUAAAGAAGAUACGUGUUGACGGGCCUCCUCACGGUGGUGUUCAGUAUGAAACAAUAUCGGUUAUCAAGGAUGGCAGUCCUGUCCUCCGUGAUAUGGCCUUCUCCCUUGACCGCAACUACCUCUACGUAAUGUCUGAGAGACAGGUGACCCAAGUCCCCAUCGAGUCUUGUGAGCAGUAUGGAACAUGUGGAGAGUGCCUGAGCUCUGGUGACCCACACUGUGGAUGGUGUGUCCUGCAUAACAUCUGCUCCCAGAGGAAUCGGUGUGAACGUGCAGACGAGCCUUAUCGUUUCGCUGCUUCUCUCAACCAGUGUGUGAAGGCCACCGUGUACCCCGAUAGUAUUGCAGUGUCAGAGCCCAGUGUACCUCUGCUAGUGAAGGUGAGUGAUGUUCCAGACCUUUCUGCGGGCAUCACCUGUUCCUUUGGCAACCUGACUGAAGUGGAGGGGCAGGUCAAUGGCAACCAGAUACUCUGUGUGUCUCCUGCGGCCAAGGAUGUCCCACUCAUCCCCACAGACCAAGAUUGGUCAGGAGUUGAGCUGCGACUCAAUUCUAAAGAGACGGGUCAGAUGCUCAUCAGCACAGAGGUGAAGUUUUACAACUGCAGUGUCCACCAGCUGUGUCUCUCAUGUGUGAACAGUGCCUUCCGUUGCCACUGGUGCAAGUACCGCAACUUGUGUACCCAUGACCCUUCCAGCUGUUCUUUCCAGGAGGGACGAGUCAACGCCUCUGAGGACUGCCCCCAGCUGGUGCGCUCUGAGGAGAUUCUCAUCCCAGCGGGGGAGGUGAAGCCUAUCACACUAAAGGCCAGGAACCUGCCACAGCCUCAGUCUGGCCAGCGAGGAUAUGAAUGUGUCCUCCACAUCCAGGGGGUCAGCCACCGAGUCACUGCCCUUCGCUUCAAUAGUUCUAGCGUGCAGUGUCAGAACAGCUCGUAUUUUUACGAGGGAAUGAAAAUCAGUGAGCUACCAGUGGAUUUUUCAGUGGUGUGGAAUGGCAACUUCAUUAUUGAUAACCCAGAGAAUAUCCAAGUGCACCUGUACAAGUGUGCAGCCCAGCGGGACAGCUGCGGCAUGUGUCUGAAGGCGGAGAGGAAGUUCCAGUGUGGCUGGUGCAGCGGAGAGGGACGGUGUACCCUACGGCACCACUGCCCUCCCAUCAACCCUUACACCACCCGUUGGCUGAACCUGUCCAGCAAGAAUGUCAAAUGCACCAACCCACGCAUUACUGAGGUGACCCCAGUAGCUGGACCCCCAGAGGGAGGUACACGGGUGACGAUCCACGGCACGAACCUUGGUCUGGCCUUUGCGGACAUGGUGAACAAUGUGGAGGUGGCAGGGGUUAGGUGUACCCCUGUAGAGGAUGGAUACAUCAUCGCUGAACAGAUUGUGUGUGAGAUGGAUCCAGCUCCUGCAGACAGUAAACCUGGUCCGGUCCAGCUGUGUGUUGGAGAGUGCAGACCUGAACUCAGGGCUCGAUCUGCUCAGCUCUACUCCUUUGUGACACCAACAGUCACAGGUCUAUCCCCGAGCAGAGGUCCAGAGUCUGGAGGCACAAAAGUGACCAUUAUGGGGGAAAACCUCGGCGCCGGCAGCAGUGUCAAUGUUCAGUUUGGAAACCAGACAUGCGAGUUCUAUGGACGGACCAUGACAGAGAUAGUCUGCUACUCUGCCCCAUCUGUGUCUGGAGUCGGCCCAGUCCAAAUCAGUGUAAGUGUGGACCACGCCCAAAUCAGAGAGAGCCUCACCUUUGAGUACAUAGAAGACCCGACUGUUCAGCGCAUUGAGCCAGACUGGAGCAUUGCAAGUGGACAUACACCCUUGAUGGUAACGGGGACCAAUCUGGAUGUGGUGCAAGAGCCCAGGAUCCGAGUCAAGUACGGCGGCCGAGAAUCUGUCAAUGUGUGUAAAGUAUUGAAUACCACCAGUAUGAGUUGCUUUGCUCCCUCGCUGAUGACCGAGUACCAUCCAGGUUUGGACACUGUGAAGCAUGCAGAUGAGUUUGGGUUCAUCUUCAACAACGUCCAGGCUCUGCUGGUCUACAACAACACCAACCUCCUGUAUUACCCAAACCCAUACUUUGAACCCCUCAGCACCACUGGUGUCCUGGAGCAAAAACCAGGUUCACCCAUCAUUCUCAAGGGCAGAAACCUGGUUCCCCCAGCAUCAGGAGGGGUGAAGCUCAACUAUACAGUCCUGAUAGGAGAGACUCCCUGCUCUGUUACUGUGUCUGAGAGCCAGCUGCUGUGUGAGCCACCCAAUCUUACAGGACAAUACAAAGUUAUGGUUCAAGUCGGAGGGCUUCACGUUUCUCCAGGUGCAGUGCACAUCAUGUCUGACAGCCUGUUGACUCUUCCUGCCAUUGUGAGCAUUGCCGCUGGUGGAGGUCUCCUUCUCAUUAUCGUCAUCCUCGUCCUCAUCGCCUACAAACGCAAGUCACGUGAAAAUGACCUCACCCUCAAGCGCCUGCAGAUGCAAAUGGACAACUUGGAGUCACGCGUUGCCCUGGAGUGCAAAGAAGCCUUUGCCGAGCUGCAGACGGACAUCAAUGAGCUGACCAGUGACCUAGACAGGGCUGGUAUCCCCCACCUUGACUACAGGACGUACGCUAUGAGGGUCCUUUUUCCCGGCAUAGAGGAUCAUCCUGUCCUCCGAGAACUGGAGGUGUCAGGAAAUGGCCAGCAGAAUGUGGAGAAGGCCCUGAAGGUUUUUGGCCAGCUCAUCAACAACAAAGUGUUCCUGCUCACCUUCAUACGAACGCUGGAAAUGCAGCGCUCUUUCUCCAUGAGGGACCGCGGCAACGUUGCCUCACUUAUCAUGACAGCGCUGCAGGGUCGACUGGAGUACGCCACCGACGUCCUUAAACACCUGCUGUCGGACCUCAUCGACCGCAACCUGGAGAGCAAGAACCACCCCAAACUGCUGCUGCGCAGAACUGAGUCAGUUGCAGAGAAGAUGCUCACGAAUUGGUUUGCCUUCCUUCUUCACAAAUUCCUUAAGGAGUGUGCUGGGGAGCCUCUGUUCAUGCUAUACUGCGCCAUCAAGCAGCAGAUGGAGAAAGGUCCCAUUGAUGCCAUCACUGGAGAGGCCCGCUACUCCCUGAGUGAAGACAAACUCAUCCGCCAGCAGAUUGAGUACAAAACCCUGAUCUUGAACUGUGUGAACCCAGAUAAUGAAAACAGUCCAGAGAUCCCAGUAAAGGUCUUGAACUGUGACACCAUCACACAGGUGAAGGAGAAAAUACUGGAUGCGGUUUACAAGAACAUGCCCUAUUCUCAGCGGCCACGAGCUGUCGACAUGGACCUGGAGUGGCGCCAAGGACGAAUGGCUCGAGUGGUGUUGCAGGAUGAAGACAUCACUACCAAGAUUGAGAAUGAUUGGAAAAGGCUAAACACUCUCAUGCACUACCAGGUAUCGGACCGCUGUGUGGUAGCUUUGGUUCCCAAACAGACCUCAUCAUACAAUAUCCCUUCUUCAGCCAGCAUAUCACGCACUUCCAUCAGUAGAUAUGACUCUUCAUUCCGCUACACGGGCAGUCCAGACAGCCUACGUUCACGAGCUCCUAUGAUCACACCAGAUUUAGAAAGCGGUGUGAAAGUGUGGCAUCUGGUGAAGAACCAUGAACACGGAGACCAGAAGGAAGGAGACCGUGGAAGCAAGAUGGUGUCUGAGAUUUAUCUGACCAGACUGCUGGCAACCAAGGGUACCCUUCAAAAAUUUGUAGAUGAUCUAUUCGAGACAUUGUUCAGCACAGUUCACAGAGGCAGCACCCUUCCCCUGGCCAUAAAAUACAUGUUUGACUUUCUGGAUGAGCAGGCAGACAAACAUGGCAUUCAUGACACAGAUGUGCGUCACACAUGGAAAAGCAACUGCCUUCCAUUGCGUUUCUGGGUGAACGUAAUAAAGAACCCACAGUUUGUGUUUGACAUCCAUAAGAGCAGCAUCACAGAUGCCUGUCUAUCUGUAGUAGCUCAGACCUUUAUGGAUUCUUGCUCUACUUCGGAGCACCGCCUGGGCAAGGACUCCCCGUCCAAUAAGCUGCUCUACGCUAAAGAUAUUCCCAAUUACAAGAGCUGGGUAGAGAGGUACUAUGCCGACAUCAACCGGCUGCCAGCCAUUAGUGACCAGGACAUGAAUGCCUAUUUGGCAGAACAGGCCAGACUGCACUCCACAGAGUUUAACAUGCUCAGCGCACUCAAUGAGAUCUACUCUUACGUCAGCAAGUACAGUGAGGAGAUCACUGCGGCUCUGGAGCAGGAUGAACAAGCGAGGAAGCAGAGGUUGGCCUAUAAGGUGGAGCAGCUCAUCUCUGCAAUGUCCCUUGAGAGCUGAGAAUGACCCUGACUGAAACAGACAGAGAAAAAAAGAGAGGACCACUAUCUCUUACAGGACCAGCAAAAGGUCCCACAUGACAUACCUCUCACUGGGAAGCUACAGUCCAACCGUGAACCCAACCUGAGGCUUCUGUAUCCACAGCCAGACAGACGUAUACAGCGACUGCUUUAGUUUGUAAUUCUCUCACUUUCUUCCAUGAUGGUACCGCUUAAGGGCCCCACAGCCUGGAAAAGAGGUUCUGCAGCAGGGGCUCAUAAUGGCAUACGGAAGGAACAUCAGAACACUAGGCAACAACAUGGCUUGUAUUUAUUUAUUUGUCUUUUUUUUUUUUUUUGUAUUUUGCUCAAAGGAUAUUUUCUCUCAGUUUGACAGGAAAUUGUAUGCUGUGUGUGUCUGUGUGUGUGUGUGUGCGUGCGUGCGUGCGUGCG